AUGGCGACCAGAUUGACAGCGUGGGGCGACAUGGUAACCAGUAAAAACAUCCUUAAUGAACCAGUCACAUGCAGAGUUAUCGAACGUUAUUAUGACUUAAACAUACGAUCCAAGAAUCAGGAGCAAGCCAGAUCUGACAUUGUACAACAAAUGACAAGCGAGGAUGCUAUAAUAACAUGUGACUGGGCAAUGAAGUUCCUGCCUAGGAAAUAUAGAGAAGGCCAAGUGGAUUGGUUUGCCAAAAGAGGCAUUAACUGGCACAUAGCAGUUACAUUGUUGAAAGAAGGAUCUAAUUUCUCAUCUUUAACACAUGUUCACAUUUUUGAAUCACCAGUAUCCCAGGAUGCAUCUAUAACAUCUCAAAUCUUGGUAGACGUAGCUAGAGACAUUCUUCAGCAUAAGCCAGGACUGAAAAAAAUAAACUUUUUCUCCGAUAAUGCUGGCUGUUAUAAAUCUUCUUCAACUAUCCUGAUGCUUCACAAUGAACUUGGACAUAAUAUUGCUUCAUACAAUUUCUGUGAGGCUCAAAAUGGAAAAGGGCCAUGUGACAGACGUGCUUCUCAUAUAAAGUCCAUUAUUAGGCGACACAUUAACCAAGGCAAUGAUGUGACUUCAGCUUUGCAUAUGAAACAGGCUGUGGACAAAGAGCAGGACCCUGAAUUGAAAGUUAAAGUUGCUUCCGCAGUUCUUGUUGUAGAUGCAAAGUCAUCAAAAUGUUCAAUUCCAUUAAUUUCAAAGUUGUACAAUUUCGAGUACUCCAGUAUUGGACUGAGGAUGUGGAAAGCCUAUGCUGUUGGUGAAGGUAAAAUAAUGAAAUGGGGAACCAUUGGCUGUCCAUCUCAAACUGUGGAAAUAAAAACCGUGUUAGAAUGGGGCCAAACACAAACCAGAGCUUUUGAAACAGAAAGCACCAAAGACUUUGUCCAAUAA